AUGCCUGGAUCUGUUGCAAUCCUAAGAACGAGCCCCGUUCGAGUUGGAGGACAGGUGGACGAGACUCAAGCGUAUUUUCACAGACUUUUCUGGACGUUUCCUCCGUGCAUCGAGGCAUUCCGUCAUUGCAAGCCGCUAGUCAGCAUCGACGGCACACAUCUGUAUGGGAAGUAUGGGGGAACGUUGCUCAUCGCGAUUGCACAGGACGGGAACUCGAACAUUCUACCUGUGGCGUUCGCACUAGUAGAGGGUGAGAAUGCGGAGUCCUGGACAUUCUUUCUCUCCCACCUUCGACAGCACGUGACACCACAGCCGGGUCUGCUGGUUAUAUCGGACAGGCAUAACGGCAUCAAGGCUGCGCUUGAGGCUCCUGAUGGGGGUUGGUUACCUCCAGCUGCGUACCGUGCAUUCUGCAUUCGACACGUAGCGGCUAAUUUUGCCCUGACCUUCAAAGACCCGGCGAUGUGUGAGUGGGCGAACCGGAUUGACUACUCCUUGUGGACUCAACAUCGUGAUGAUGGGCGAAGAUUCGGUCACAUGACGACUAAUAUCUCCGAGUGUGUGAACUCAAUACUCAAGGGUGUCAGAAAUCUCCCUGUAUCCUCCCUGGUGAAGGCAACAUAUGGUAGGCUUGCGAAACUCUUUACGGCCAAGUGCUUCGCGGUGACUUUGUAUGACCGUGAUAACUCCGAGUUCACCGUAGCAGAGACUACUCCUACUGGUUCUUUCUCGUUGGGUAGCUACAGAGUAUCACUUGCCUCUCGGACCUGUGACUGCGGCGUGUAUCAGAUUAGUUCAGUGUUCAGUGUGUACCGAAUGGGAUUCACACCACCGAUACCGGAGGGCUUCUGGCCACCUUACGACGGGCCCACGGUGAUUCCGGACCCUGCCAAGAGGCGUGCGAGAGAGGGUCGUCCGAGAUCCACUAGGAUACGGACGAAUAUGGACGAGGCAGAUCCGAACCAGCCAAAGAGGUGUGGCCUCUGUCGCCAACCCGGACACACCCGUCGGAGUUGCCCACAGCUUGGAGGAUCGUCUCACACGGGGGGCCAAUAG